AGAGGUUGUAGUAUAAGGGUGGGUCUGAGGAUGUGUGCCACGGAGGAUGAAAUUGUGGAUGACUUCAGCAGCCAGUGACUGUUGGCUAGACAACAGCAUUUGCCUGGGGGCGGGGUGGUGGCGGUGGAGAUGACAGAGAUUCAUGGGUAUGAAAUCUAUUGAGGGGCCUGAAAUGGUUGGGAGUUUCUGGGCUUGAGAAAUAGCAGUAAGGGAGAAGAGGGACCUUUAUAGGAGAGGGAGAACUUAGGAAGGGCACUGGGAAUCCUCGUACUCGGUCGGUUUCAAGUAUUUGUCUAAGGAGGAAAUAGAUUGGGGACCACCGGAAGGAGUCUCUUGGCAGCCUCACCUCAUUGCCAUAGAGACGUGGCUUUGGUUGCCCUGGCAAUUGGGGAAGCCCCUAGGACAAGUCUAAAGCUGUCCCCGCCCUGCAGUUUAGCUAGAGACCCGGCUGCGUUGAGGCCACUGACGUCAGGGACCAGGGCACGCCUCGCUUUAACCCUUUCCUUAAUGAAGUGGGGGCGGGGAGGAGCGGAGGCAGUAGAGGAACAGGCUAUGUUCUGGAUGCCUUUUCCCAUUCCUCCCUCCUGACGUUCUUUGCACUGCGUAGGGUGAGGGGCUCAAAGGAGAAAGGAAGGCAGGUUAUUCAGGAUGCACUGCGCCCACGCCCACGAACAGAAUCGUUCUGGCCUCUUGGCCGGGCUAACGGUGGGCGGGUCCAGAGCCGCAGAGUCUUGCUCUAGGGAGUCUGUCGUACCCUAGGCCACGCCCCCACCCGUUGUCCUGACUACCAGGCCUCCUGGAGGUGGGUCUCCCCAGGUCUUGGCUGGUCUUAGAUACUGUUGCUAGGCAACCUGGUCCCUGGAGGAAGGGGUGGAUUGGAUGGCGGGUGGAUGAGAGAGAGGGAGGGACCAGAAGCUGGGGAAACCCCGGAUUCUCAUGGCGCAAGAUUUAGAGCAAAUGUGUGCCAAGGCCAAUUCUCCCCCUGUGAUUGUCAACACGGACACCCUAGAAGCGCCAGGAUAUGAGUUGCAGGUGAACGGGACAGAGGGGGAGAUGGAAUACGAGGAGAUCACAUUGGAAAGGGGUAACUCAGGUCUGGGCUUCAGCAUCGCAGGUGGUACCGACAACCCACACAUCGGUGACGACCCAUCCAUUUUCAUCACCAAGAUCAUUCCUGGUGGGGCUGCAGCCCAGGAUGGCCGCCUCAGGGUCAACGACAGCAUUCUGUUUGUAAAUGAAGUGGAUGUUCGGGAGGUGACCCAUUCAGCUGCGGUAGAGGCCCUCAAAGAAGCAGGUUCCAUCGUUCGCCUCUAUGUCAUGCGACGGAAACCCCCAGCUGAGAAGGUCAUGGAGAUCAAGCUUAUCAAAGGGCCUAAAGGACUUGGCUUCAGCAUCGCAGGGGGCGUAGGGAACCAGCACAUCCCUGGAGAUAACAGCAUCUACGUAACAAAGAUCAUCGAAGGCGGUGCGGCCCACAAGGAUGGCAGGUUGCAGAUUGGAGACAAGAUCCUGGCGGUCAACAGUGUGGGGCUAGAGGACGUCAUGCACGAAGAUGCCGUGGCGGCCCUGAAGAACACAUAUGACGUUGUCUACCUAAAGGUGGCCAAGCCCAGCAAUGCCUACCUGAGUGACAGCUAUGCUCCCCCAGACAUCACAACCUCGUAUUCUCAGCACCUGGAUAAUGAGAUCAGUCACAGCAGCUACUUGGGCACCGACUACCCCACAGCCAUGACCCCCACUUCCCCUCGGCGCUACUCCCCUGUGGCCAAGGACCUGCUGGGGGAGGAAGACAUUCCCCGGGAACCAAGACGAAUUGUGAUCCACCGGGGCUCCACAGGCCUGGGCUUCAACAUCGUGGGUGGCGAGGACGGUGAAGGCAUCUUCAUCUCCUUCAUCCUCGCCGGGGGCCCUGCUGACCUCAGUGGGGAGCUGCGGAAGGGGGACCAGAUCCUAUCGGUCAAUGGUGUUGACCUCCGCAAUGCCAGCCAUGAGCAGGCUGCCAUUGCCCUGAAGAACGCGGGUCAGACGGUCACGAUCAUUGCUCAGUAUAAACCAGAAGAGUAUAGCCGAUUCGAGGCCAAGAUCCAUGAUCUUCGGGAACAGCUUAUGAAUAGUAGCCUGGGCUCAGGGACUGCCUCCCUGCGGAGCAACCCCAAGAGGGGUUUCUAUAUCAGGGCCCUGUUUGAUUACGACAAGACCAAGGACUGCGGCUUCUUGAGUCAGGCCCUGAGCUUCCGCUUUGGGGAUGUGCUUCAUGUGAUCGACGCUAGCGAUGAAGAGUGGUGGCAGGCGCGGCGGGUCCACUCUGACAGUGAGACCGAUGACAUUGGCUUCAUUCCCAGCAAACGGCGGGUUGAGCGACGAGAGUGGUCGAGGUUAAAGGCCAAGGACUGGGGCUCCAGCUCUGGAUCACAGGGUCGAGAAGACUCGGUUCUGAGCUAUGAGACAGUGACGCAGAUGGAAGUGCACUACGCUCGCCCCAUCAUUAUCCUUGGGCCCACCAAAGACCGUGCCAAUGAUGAUCUUCUCUCUGAGUUCCCCGACAAGUUUGGAUCCUGUGUCCCUCAUACGACACGUCCCAAGCGGGAAUAUGAGAUAGAUGGCCGGGAUUACCACUUUGUGUCCUCCCGGGAGAAAAUGGAGAAGGACAUUCAGGCGCACAAGUUCAUUGAGGCUGGCCAGUACAACAGCCACCUCUAUGGGACCAGUGUCCAGUCUGUGCGAGAGGUAGCCGAGCAGGGGAAGCACUGCAUCCUCGAUGUCUCGGCCAAUGCCGUGCGGCGGCUGCAGGCGGCCCACCUGCACCCCAUCGCCAUCUUCAUCCGCCCCCGCUCCCUGGAGAAUGUGCUAGAGAUCAAUAAGCGGAUCACAGAGGAACAAGCCAGGAAAGCCUUUGACAGGGCCACUAAACUGGAGCAGGAAUUCACAGAGUGCUUCUCAGCCAUCGUGGAGGGUGACAGCUUUGAGGAGAUCUACCACAAAGUGAAGCGUGUCAUUGAAGACCUCUCAGGCCCCUACAUCUGGGUCCCAGCCCGAGAGAGACUCUGAUUCCUGCCCUGGCUUGGCCUGGACUCACCCUGCCUCCAUCACCUGGGCCCUUGGUCUGGACUGAAUAGCCCAAGCCCUUUGUACCCCAGCCCCCCUUCCCACCCUUCUUAUUUAUUUCCUUUCUAACUGGAUCCAGCCCAUUGGAGGGGGGACACUCCUCUGCAUGUAUCCCUGUACCCCAGAACAGGGCUCCUGGACCCCAGGAACCUGGGGCCUGGGGGUGGGGCUGGGCUCCUGGUUCCGAGCCUUUGCUCCUUAGGACCCCUACCCGUGCCCGCCCCCAUGCACACACAGACCCACUGGGGGCCUCUGCCCUCCCCAUUUUCUCCCACAUACAUUCCAGAAGUCAGGGCCCCUCUCAAGGAGUACCCGCUGUAGGGAUGCAGGGCCACAGGCCUCCGCGCUCUCCUGAGGCAGGGGCUGGGGUCACCCCUGCCCCAUCAUAACUCCCCAUGUCAUUUGAGUUCUCAUUUAUUUUCUCCAUUUUUUUCUUCUCAAAGGUGGUUUUUGGGGGGAGAAGUGGGGGACUCUGCAGUGGGGUCCCUGUCUUCCACAUGCCUCCCACCUUUCUUCUUCGCCGGUUUGCAUGAGUGGAAGGCCUAACUGUGGCUUUUUUUUUUU